AUGCUAUGGGCUAAGAGCAGCAACAAGGUCAUCAUGGAGGAAACAGGCAUGGACGGAAAACUUGUGAAAGAGCUCGUCAAGUUUGGAGCUGUCUACACCGGUCCUCCGCAAGAUGCCAUGGACAAGAAGCAGUCACCGGUCAAAGCUGUUCGAACCAUGCAGGAUGUGGAGCUGCUUCCUGGGUCUUAUGUCAGAGUGCACGCCCAACCAAAAAGAUGUCUGUCUGUCUACAAGAUUGACUGGAGCGCGAGAGUUAUCCGCGAGAGCCAAGACUUCAUCGUCAUUGACAAGCCCCCAGGGGUGCCAAGUUUGACAACCAUCGACAACGGCGUGGAGUGUGUGAUGUCACAAGUGGAGAAGAUGAGAAAUAUCAGCCUGAUGCCAACCAGCCGCCUCGACGUCUGCACAGCUGGAGUGUUGAUCUUCGCCAAGACAAGAGACUUCUGCUUGAAGACCAACAAGGCGAUGAGUGAGAGGCGGUGUGACAAGGUCUACCUGCUGCUGAGCGAGAGAGAGUUGCCGAGAGGAGAAGACUUGAGGAGCAGGCAAGACCUGCAGGAGGAGGGCUGGCAAGAUGCCGUGCUAGAGAUUCUGGACUGCCGGUGUCUGCUUACCUUUCUGCAGCCGUUUGAUCUCAAGCAGCAGGGAGGACGCAGAAAGGUCUUCGAGUACUCCGUCCGGCUCAUCACAGGGAGGACACACCAGAUUCGCCUGCAGUUUGCGGCUCUAGGAGCUCCCGUGCUCGGAGACACGCGGUACACGCCAGCAGCUGGGCUUUUGUUUCAGAGCGUCGACGAUGCGAUUGGAGACGGCAGCCGCGUGUUUGGGCCUGACCCCGACGUGAUCUUCCUGCAGGCAAGACGAGAAGGCGCGGGGAGGGGGAGGAGCUGA